UUUAUAUGUUUUGGGGAAUGGAAUUUGGUUUGCCAGCGUCUUGUUUCUUGAAUCUUUUCGCUGGCCAAAGGGUUGGGAAACCUCUUAUCUAUGGUAUCUGAAUCCUAAUCAUGAUUACAAGACGACGGAAACUGCUACCUAAGUAACUGAAACGCAACACACAUACCUCUUGCUUUGCACAUUGCACAAACUGGAAUGUGCCUGUAACCCUGCUCAAUUCACCCAUGGCUGCUUCUUCUCCCACCUCCUUCAUUUCCUUUUCUUCCUCUGCUACUCCGACCCCCCACCGCCACUCACGAUCCCAUUUCACGCCGAUUCUAGAAUGCGAGGAGGAAGAGGUGGAGGAGGAUUUUGAUGCUGAGAAUCGGGUGGCAGCGUCGGACCCGGGAACUAGAUUGAAGCACCACCCGACGACGCCGUUGAAUCGGGCCGAUGAUCGGAGCAAUAAUGGGAAAUCGCAGACGGUUAGGAAACGGUCCGAGUCGGAGUCGGAUUCCGUGUCGAGUUCAGAUGUAGUGUCGUGCGGCAGGUGCCGUCCUACUCCUCACGCGAGGGAGAAGUUCUCCGUCGUUCCUCUAGAUAACAACAAUGGCGUUAAUAAACAAACGUAUUUCUCCAUCCCGAGUCCUAAUGGCAUUUUCAAAUCCCUAAUUUCGUCGUUGACGCGGAAGAGUCCGAAAACUAUUAACGAAUCGUCGGCCUUAACGGCUCGAGAAGAGCAAUGGAGGGCCGCUUUGACGGAGCUCUCGCAGAAGCUGAUUCAGACGACGAGGAAGAGAGACGAGGCUAUUAUAGAAGCUUCUAGAUUAAAAUACGCCAUGGCCGAAUUGGAGAGGAAACUGGACAAACUCGAAUCGUAUUGCCACAAUUUGAAAUCCGGAUUCCAAGAGUGCAGCGCCGGCAAUUCGCCUUGCCAAAUUGGGAAGUAUCAUAAAAUGCAGAGUUUUCACCAGACGAAUCAGAAGCAUGUAAUCGAGCAUUUCUUAGUUUCGGUAUCGGAAUCUCGAUCGUCGAUCCGGUUUCUCAGCCGGUCACUCACUCCGCAACUCCGCCACGUCGGAGCCAAAGUAUACGAAAGAAUUUCCGUUCUUCUUGAACCUUACGAUGUCAAAAUAUCGUUCUCGAAGAACCCUAGAAACUUGCUUUUCUACCUCGAAGCUCUGCUAAACCGAGCUUUCUUCGAGGACUUCGAAUCGAUAGGAUUUCAGAAGAACGCCUCGACUCCGGUUCUCAAUCCGAUUGAAAGAUGCGAAGCAAAUUUCGGAUGUUUCAAUAUCCUCCAUGAAUUAACGUGGGAGGAGGUUCUAAACAAAGGAACGAAACAUUUCAGCGAGGAUUUCAGCCGAUUUUGCGACAGGAAAAUGAGCGAAAUCGUGGAUAUGCUGGGAUGGAACAGAGUUUGGUCGGAACCGCUGCUGCAGGCGUUCUUCAGCGCGUCGAAGAGCGUGUGGCUUCUGCACCUUCUGGCCAACUCCGUUAAUCCAAAUCUUCCGAUGUUCAGAGUUGAGAAAGAAGCCGUUUUCGAUUCCGUUUACAUGGAGGACGUGAGCGGCGACAAGGCCAGAAAGCUAAUUCCGUCGGUAGUCAGAAUAAUGGUCGCCCCUGGUUUCUACGUAUACGGCAGCGUAGUUAAAUGCAAGGUGUUGUGCAGGUAUAACGCCGCCACAACCACCGCCGACUUGUGACCGUGGCAAUCCAAUCUGGAGGUGGGAAAAAGAAAACUUUGUAGGAAUCCAAACAGGAGAUUUAGGUGGUUGAAUUGGGUAUAAUCAAACUAGAACUUUUGAAACUUCUCUUUAGAAAUUCUACAGUUUGUUCGCUAAUUAGUGUUGAAGACGCUGAAUAAUAUGCUUCUCCCAUGGUCAAAGCGAUUGAAUAA